CAGAGCGCUGUUUUUUAUUAAUCUAUAGGAACCUGAGAAACCAAUUUGUUACAUUCGAAGCAUCUGAGCUCUGUGCAUACUUACAUUCCAACUCCAACUUUUUUCUAUGAUUCGCAGUUUCAACAAAGAGAAUAAAUUAGAUAAAUAAUAUUAAAAUUUCUUUAUUAUCUAUGAAUUUCGCAUGGGCUUACAGAUACUUUAUCUUGGGUUUAUUUCUUACUAUUUGAUAGCCGUGUUACUCUAAGUUCGUAGUAUCUAUAAUCCGUUAUCGACAUAUUUUGUACACCAAUCCUAUAGUAAUAUUCUUGUCUAUGGUAGUUACGUCAGCUCCAGGUAAGAAUUAAUUCGUAAUUUGUAGUGUUGUAUGUACCUACACCUCACUUACCGUGUGUAUAGUGUAUGCAUCAAUUUUACAUCAUUUUUAUUGAAUUUUAUUGUUAAAUAUUAUAAUAAUUGUUUUAGUAUUUUGUACGUGAUAACAGAUUGUUACUUAUAGUGGUAACGCACGCCCCCUGAGUACCCGUAAAAUUAAAGUGAGUUAUUGAUCCAUUUUUAUCUUGAGCUUUAUUAGAGAGCUUUUGCGUUUAUUUGUUGUGUGUCAUAAUAUUUGAUUUUAUUACUAUAUAUUGUAAUCGUUAGGGGAAAAAAAAUCAGUAUGACUGACAGCAAAUAUUUUACUACCACCAAAAAAGGUGAAAUAUUUGAACUGAAGUCUGAACUAAACAGUGAUAAAAAGGAAAAAAAGAGAGAAGCUGUUAAAAAGGUAAUUAUAAUCUUUGUUUAUAUAAUAUAUUGUAUCUACUCGUUGUAAAAGUAAAUAUACUAUUAUAAUGGUUUUAAUGUUUAAUUACGUAGACAUUAUAAUUUCACUUUUAUCUUUAAGUAUUCUUAAAUGUAAUACAAUUGUAUUUUAACAUUAUUAUAAAUUUGUGUAAAAUAAUAUUCAGGCAUGUGUUAAAGUAAUAAAACAUACAUUUAAAUAAAUCCAAAUUUAUUUAGAUGAUAAUUAAAUUUAUUUGAAUUAUAAAUAAAUUGUUGCAUAGUUAAAUUUAUAUCUUGUUUUAAAUAGGUUAUAGCAUCUAUGACAGUCGGUAAAGAUGUGUCUGCUUUAUUUCCUGAUGUCGUUAAUUGUAUGCAAACUGAUAACUUGGAACUAAAGAAGCUGGUUUAUUUAUAUUUGAUGAACUAUGCUAAAAGCAACCCUGAUAUGGCUAUUAUGGCUGUCAAUACAUUCGUUAAGGUAUAUUUAAUUAAUUCUGAAAACUUUAUAUUCUUUAUUUUAUUAUUAUAUUUAUAAUUUUAAAGGAUUGUGAAGAUCCAAAUCCAUUAAUACGUGCUCUUGCCGUGCGCACAAUGGGUUGUAUAAGGGUUGAAAAAAUUACAGAAUAUCUGUGUGAACCAUUACGAAAAUGUUUGCGUGAUGAAGAUCCCUACGUACGAAAAACAGCUGCAGUUUGCGUUGCUAAACUAUAUGAUAUCAAUGCUCAACUAGUUGAUGAUCAAGGUUUUUUGGAGCAACUAAAAGAACUUUUAUCAGAUUCCAACCCCAUGGUAAUCUAAUAAUAGUUUGUUUUUUUUAUGAAAUAGUUAAAAUGUGUUUUUUGAAAUAUCCUAUAGGUUGUUGCUAAUGCUGUUGCUGCAUUAUCUGAAAUGAAUGAAGCUAGUAUAACAGGAUCUCCAUUGAUUGAAAUGAAUUCACAAACCAUUAAUAAAUUAUUAACUGCAUUAAACGAAUGUACAGAAUGGGGUCAAGUGUUUAUACUUGAUUCAUUGGCAAAUUAUAGUCCAAAAGAUGAUCGUGAGGCACAAAGGUAACAAUUUUUUUGGAGUAUUCUUCAUUAUUCAAAAAAUGUAUUUUUGAUAUUUUUAUUCAUUAGUAUUAAAUAAACACCUAUUGUUUUGUUUUGUUUUUUUUAUUUUAAAUGAGUACAUUAGAAAAUUUGAUGAUUGAGUAUUUUAUAUAUUUUAGUAUAUGUGAAAGAAUAACACCUCGAUUAGCUCAUGCUAAUGCAGCAGUUGUUUUGUCCGCCAUCAAAGUAUUAAUGAAACUAAUGGAAAUGUUACCUACUGAUUCUGACUUUGUUACUACAUUGACUAAAAAACUUGCUCCACCAUUAGUUACUCUGUUAUCUACAGAACCAGAAGUAAUAAUAUAUUAUAUUGAUUAAACUUUUAAUUAUAAACCUUUUUAGACACAUAGUAUUCUUUAUAUGACAAGAAUUUAAAACUUUGUAUUUUUUAGGUACAAUAUGUCGCCCUUAGAAAUAUUAAUUUAAUAGUUCAAAAGAGACCAGACAUACUUAAACAUGAAAUGAAAGUGUUCUUUGUUAAAUAUAAUGAUCCUAUUUAUGUUAAACUUGAAAAAUUGGACAUUAUGAUACGUUUAGCAUCACAAUCAAACAUAGCACAAGUUCUUUCAGAACUUAAAGAGUAAUUUUUCUAUAUAUACAAUCUAUUAAAUUUUUAUUAUUUUACUUAUUAAAAUGUCAUUAGGUAUGCGACUGAAGUGGAUGUGGAUUUUGUACGUAAAGCAGUACGUGCAAUUGGUCGAUGUGCAAUAAAAGUAGAGCAAUCAGCUGAACGCUGUGUAUCUACACUUUUAGAUCUUAUUCAGACCAAAGUGAAUUAUGUAGUUCAAGAAGCAAUUGUAGUCAUUAAAGAUAUAUUCCGAAAAUAUCCUAACAAGUACGAAAGUAUUAUAUCAUUACUGUGUGAAAAUUUGGAUACGUUAGAUGAACCUGAAGCAAGAGCAUCUAUGAUUUGGAUAAUUGGAGAAUAUGCAGAACGUAUAGAUAACGCCGAUGAAUUAUUGGAGAGUUUCUUGGAGGGUUUCCAUGAUGAAAACACUCAAGUUCAGUUACAAUUAUUAACUGCUAUUGUUAAACUCUUUUUAAAACGGCCUACUGACACUCAAGAACUAGUGCAACAAGUUCUAAGUUUGGCUACACAAGAUUCGGAUAACCCCGAUUUACGUGAUCGUGGUUUUAUAUAUUGGAGAUUACUAUCCACUGAUCCAGGAGCAGCCAAAGACGUUGUACUUGCAGAAAAACCAUUAAUUUCUGAGGAAACUGAUCUUUUGGAACCAACUUUACUUGAUGAACUUGUGUGUCAUAUUUCUAGCCUAGCUAGUGUUUAUCAUAAACCGCCAAAUGCUUUUGUUGAAGGAAGGCCGGGAUUACGAAAGUCUUUACCAGCCAGGUUUUUAAACUAUUAUUCAAAAUUUAAUUUAAUAUAUAGAAUAGACAACCUUGUUUUCCAUUUUUCCUCUGCAUCCAUUAUGUUUGCGCCAUACUAAUUUUUUUUUUACAGAAAUGAAAAUGUAUCUAUUGGUAAUGUUCCACAAGCUGCAGUCAUUCCUGCACCACAAGAAUCUUUAAUUGGAGAUCUUCUUAGUAUGGAUUUAACAACACCAGCUACUGUUCCUACAUCUGUUCAACCACCUUCUGUUGAUUUACUUGCUUCCGGAUUAGAUUCAUUGAUGACAACAUCUGACUUGCCAGUAGCUUCAACAUCAAACACUGGCUUACUUGGUGAUAUAUUUGGAUUUACACCCACACCAGUAUCUUAUUCGCCACCCAAAAUACUUUGGUUACCCAGUGAAAACGGCAAGGGAUUAGAAAUUAUGGGGACGUUUUCAAGAAAGUAUGCUUUCAUAGAUAAAUAUAUUUUUAAAAUUGUAUUACAUAAAUUCUUAUACAUCUUUACAUUUAGAAAUGGUCAGAUUAAUAUGGACAUGACUCUAAAGAACAAAGCUAUGCAACCAAUGACUGGAUUUGCAAUUCAGUUAAACAAAAAUUCGUAAGUAUUUAUAUUUUAUUUUAUUAUAAUUAUUUAUUAAAAUGUAUUAAACAUAAAAUAAAAACCUAAACAAAUAUUUUGUUAAUGUUUUUUAGUUUUGGUCUGACACCAGCUCGCCCUUUACAAGUAUUAAACCCAUUAUUACCCACUGCAUCUUACGAAACCAGCUUAACUCUUGCAACUACUGGACUUGUUCAAAGAAUGGAACCUAUUACUAACCUUCAAGUAUAAAUUUAAUUAUUUUAGAUUGAAUUCUUUAAAUUUGUUUUUAUCUUACUUACAAUUUUAUAGGUUGCCAUAAAAAAUAAUAUUGAUGUUUUAUAUUAUGCUUGUAUUAUUCCAAUGAAUGUAUUCUUUGUCGAAGAUGGUCAAAUGGAUAAAAGAGUGUUUUUAACUACAUGGAAAGAUAUACCAGCUGAAAAUGAAGUACAAUUCACUUUAAAAAAUGUCCUUUGUAACACAGGUAAAAAAUAUAUAAUUUUAUAUAACCUUAAUAAUGUUUUGUAAUUAGUUGGUUUAAAAAAUUAAACUGUACCAGUACUAUUCAUUUUUUUAAGAUUGAGAAUAAUACAGACAAUCUAAUUAUAUUUAUAUCCUUUAUAGAGGCAAUUGUCAUGAAGAUGUCACAAAAUAAUGUAUUUACAAUUGCUAAAAGAAAUGUUGAAGGUCAGGAUAUGUUAUAUCAAUCAUUAAAAUUGACAAAUGGCAAUUGGGUGUUGAAUGAGCUUAAAAUUCAACCAGGAAAUCCAAAUAUAACUGUAAGGAAAUUUUAAAUAUUUUAUUAAUAGAUAUUGAGUUAAAAAUUAUUUAAUACGUGGAAAUAUAUUUUUGGUGUAGCAGUAGCCAAAAUUGUUAGCUGAUAUCAAAGUUUUAAAAAGUAGAGCCAAUGAGCUAUGGUCAUUAUUCUAAAUUAGUGAAUAGAUUAUUUAUUUGUAUUCUAAUUGGACAAUUAUGUUGUUUAUAGCUUUCAUUAAAAUCACAAGCAUUAGAAGUUGCACAAGGAGUUUUCCAAGCAUAUGAUGCUAUCCUGCAUUCAUAAACAAUUAAUAUUUAAAUAUUAUGUAAGUUCAUAAAAGUAUUCUGAAAUAAUUUUUAAAUUUUAAAACAGUAGUCAAAUAAUAUUUCUUUAUAUUAUACUCAUUUUAAUAAAUAUUUUCAAUUUAGCUACCCUUUUUAUUAUUGAUUAUAAAACAAUAUGUAACUAUUAUAAAUGAAUUUCAUUUUUUUCUGAAAAAGAUCUAUUUAAAAUUCAUAGUUAUUUAUUUUUAUUUUCACAGACAUUUUAUUAUUUAAUACAAUAUACUAUAAAUAUUUUUUGUUGUGUUCUUAACAUUCCUAUAAUUAACUUUGGUUCAACUAAAACCAUAUACUUAUUUAUUAUAUUUAACAGUAGUUACUUAUUUCUAUAUAAAAUAAAAUAAAUUAUGUAGCGAUUUAUAAAAUAUAUAAUAUAUUAAACUAUCAACAAGACAAUUUUUAAUUUGUAUGACCGCUCAUAAAUUCUUUUUUGAUCUCGAUCCGUUCUUUUAACGAUGGCAUAUAUGGCUUUAUGUUGUUUCUUUUACGCUCUCUGAACAAAUCAUACUAGAAAAAAGUGUAAUAUAAUUAAAACAUAUAAUUUCUAUAAGUUUUACAAAUUAAUAUUUUAUAAAUGCAAUAAUAUAUUAUUAUUAUUUAGCAAGUAAUAUUAUAAAUACUUUUUUUUUUUUUAUCAGUGAUUCAAAAAAAAUUUAAACAAAUUAAAUUAUAUGUUUUUAUUUUUUAGACAUAUAUUCUACAUAAUAUUAGACAAAUAGUCAAACCCAAAAUGUUUUGCAGUCUUUAUAAUUUUCUAUUUCAGGUUCACAUUUUGUUUUAUCUCCAAAAUUAUCUUGUAAGCAUUUUAGUGAUAAUUUUUGUUCCUGCACAAUAAAAUAUUAAGUAAAUACUAAGCAUCUCGUUUAAAAAAUAAUGUACAUUGAAAUUUAAAUACAAAAAUAAGUAAGUAUUUUAUGAUAAUAACAGUGG